UUCAUUUAUGUGCCUUCUUACCUUCCAUUUAGCAUGAAUUUACGUUUUUACAGAAACUUUUCUUGUUUUGAAACAUUUAUAUUGUUUCAAAAUACAUGAUCGUCUAAUUUUAAUUUUGACAGGCACAAAAACUUAAAAUUUCCCACAAUGACAUAAUUAUCAAUGUGAUAUUGUGGCGCGCCGUAGGAAUGACUGUGAAUAUUGUCCCAUAAAGGUUCGCGAAGUCAGGAGUUAUUGAGACAAAGCAUAUUUAUCAAAGGACAAGCAACCAUUACGCCAAUUGUGCAAGUGACUUCAAUAGAAUGGUUAGAACAAAGGCUGAUUCCAGUUUUGUUAAAGCUGCUGGUGCAAAAGCACCCCGUAAGAUAAGUUUUUCAGCGCACAGCUGUGGAGGUGCAAGUUCUUCUGAUUGUGGCAAAGUGAAGCAGAAUAUAGGAGGGAACCCAUAUUUCCCUCAUGAAACACCUUCUUGGCAGAAAGAGAUAACAAGCUUUUUUAAAUCAGCUGCAGUGGAUUCCAUGAAGAAAACUCAAAUCCCAUCAAAUGAGGAAAGCAGUCAAGAAAUCACUAUGGAAGCUGGGGAUUCAUCUGCAAAGGAUGCUUCUCAACCAUAGCAUUAAGGCUGUUAAAUAUGAAUGUCACUGUGUUUAACUUUCAUCUUAAAGAUAUGUGCAUGUUAACUCUUUUGUGCAAUUAACAAAUGAGAACCUCUACUUAAAAUAGAUUCUUGUGUUGUCUUGCGGUAUGUUUAUUAAGUGCAGGGCUGGCCAGGAUGAGCUUUGGACCUUCACACAUUUUGUAUUGGGUCUAUACAGGAAAAGAAAAAACAGUGACAGUUUAUGAACAAAGGAAGAUGUCUAGGAAGGAGAAAUGAAAAACUAAUGACAGGUAAAUUAGAACAAUUGUUUGGUAUAAUUGCUCAUAUAGGAAAUCUUCCACGUGUUCCUUUCUAAGGAAAACAAAAUGUUCUAAAGUUGCUUUAAGGUUUAAAGUCUGGUUUGCUGAACCCUGCUGAUAUUUUAACCAUGUCUCAAUUUUAGAAUGUCUAUUUUAUGUAUAAUUGAUGUUUCGGAAUAACCUUUGUAAUGUUAUAUAUUGAAAUACAAGUUUUUUUUUAGCAUA